AUGGCGACAACAGCACUGAACACUGCGCAUCAUGCCAUUGUAGGAGCGCAUGACCUCAGUAGCGCCUACUAUCAGAUACCUAAAGAAUGCAAAGCUGGCGUGGUGGUUAAUGAGGGACCAAACUUCUUCGUCCAAAUUCAAACAGUACUUGUUCCCGAGCCAGGUCCCGACGAAGUGCUCAUCCGCCUUAACGUGACGGGGGUCUGCUUUUCCGACAUUCAUUUCAUGAGGGGAGACCUUGAUCUCCCUCCGAUGUCAGCUUUCGGCGUUCGAUCGCCUGGUCACGAGGGAGCAGGGAUUGUUGUCAAACUUGGAAACAAUGUGAAGAAUUGGAAGGUCGGAGAUCGUGCAGGCAUCAAGCCAGUCUGGGAUAUAUGCGGAACGUGCGAGUUCUGCUGGACUGGGAGGGACGCUUUCUGCGCAAAGUCUCUGCACGCCGGGCUCAUGAAGCCUGGCAGUUAUCAGCAAUAUGUUUUGUCUCCUGCUCGGUAUACGAUGCCGAUUCCUGACGGUGUGGAUGACUAUACAGCAGCGCCCAUCAUGUGCUCGGCUAGCACGGUAUAUCGGUCACUGGUCGAAGCAAGACUUACGCCAGGAGACUGGGUGGCGUUUCCAGGAGGCGGAGGCGGCGUAGGUAUCCAAGGCGUCCAGAUUGCCAAAGCCAUGGGCUUACGACCCAUUGUUAUCGACUCUGGUGAUGAGAAACGAGAUUUGGGCCUAAUGUGCGGUGCCGAGCACUUUGUCGAUUUCAAAAAGUCCGCAGACGUUACUGCCGAGGUGGUCUGCCUUGCUGAUGGUGUCGGUGUACAUGCUGUGAUCGUCACUGCACCGGGAGCUUAUUCAAAAGCAAUUGACCUGGUUGGUAAGCGGAUAUCAGCUAAGGUCAUGUGCAUCGGCCUUCCAGCCAAAGGGACUACUCACCUUGGGUGCGAACCCUCGAAGUUCUGUUUCCAGAACUUGACCAUCUCUGGCACCCUGGUCGCAAACUUAAGUGACAUCUCCCGGGCACUGGAAUUUGCGAGCAGAGGGCUGCUAAAGCCUAUCUAUACCGUCUACGGAAUCGAAGAAUUGCCGGAGGCCGUCGAAAAGCUGAAACAAGGACAAGUCGCUGGUAGAGCUAUUAUUGACUUCAACAAGUGA